AUGCAAUGGACACCUGUUUGUUUCUUCACUUCUUUCUUCUGCUGUUCAGCUUCAAACGGUGACACUGUUCCAGAAGUUACUGUUUGGUUUGACGACAAUACUGGCUCAUCUUCCGUUGCCAAAUCAAAAGUUUCAUCGCCAGUCAACAUCUCGAGACCAUCUUCAUCUUCCAAACUUUCUGCGAUUCUGUCAGUGACUGUAUCCAACUUUUCCAAAGUUUUCCCGACAAUGGCGUUGGCUGCAAUGGAGGCCGCAUACGCUGAUUUUAUAGAAGCCUGGACUGCUCCUAUUGCCACAUCAUUCAUAGUUUUAUCGGACGAAAUCAUCAGGGCUACAAGAGAAUCGAGAGCAAAUUCACCCGCUGACCGUGCUGCAUCACUAAAUGCUUUCGCUUCAACUGCAGCAACAUCGAUGUUUGGGAACAAGAAUCGUUUGGCCACGAUUGAUGCCACUUUUGAUACAUCUAAUGCUGAUUCACUCGCACGAAACGCAAUAUUUGCGGCCUCCGCCACUUCAUCUGCCAAGUUGCAGUCCAUUCUGAAAUUAAACAGUUUUCGCACUAGCAAAAUUACUCACAACAUGACGCUUAAGGAGUAA